AUUCUUACUCACAAUGGUUCCAAGCAAGUUUAAAGCAUGUCUUUUCGACAUGGAUGGAACCUUACUCAACACAGAAGACCUUUACACUGAAGCGACUUCCGAUUUAUUCAAAGAGUUCGGUAAGGGUCCUUUGACUUGGGAUGUCAAGAUCAAGUUGCAAGGACUUCCAGGUCUUGAGGCCACUAAAAUAAUCAUAGAUCAUUAUCAACUUCCAAUAACUGCAGAAGAAUUCGCUAAAAAGGCCAUGGAAAUCCAGGCCACCAAGUGGCACAGGGCCAAUUAUUUACCCGGAGCGUUUGAGAUCCUUGCACACUUGAAGCAGAACGGCAUUCCAAUUGCUCUUGGAACUAGUUCUAAUAAGCUUAACUUUGAAAGAAAAACCAACCACUUGGAAGGAUUCACCGACUUUUUUGGAGACCAUAUUGUCACCGGAGAUGACACAAGAAUUCCAAAAGGUAAAGGAAAACCAGAGCCAUAUAUUUGGUAUGUCUGCUUGGGGAGUCUCAACGAACACAGGAAAUCCCAAAAUUUGGAACCAAUUAAGCCAGAAGAGUGUUUGGUUUUCGAGGACGGAAUUCCUGGUGUUUUGUCUGGUUUAGCAGCAGAUGCCCAUGUCAUUUGGGUUCCUCAUCCUGAAGCACAUGCCUACAUUGGGCCUGUCAAAGAAAAACUUGCGGGAAGAAAGAUGCAGAUUCUCAAUAGUUUGACCGAAUUUCCCAUAGAAAGAUGGGUGUGAGAGUUAUAACUGAACGUAUCACACAAAGCAUAUCCUAAACACUAUUAAAAACAUAUAUAUCCUAGAUAAAUAUCCUAUUCUGAACCAUGCUGCCUCUCAAAACUUCUUUCGCGCAG